AUGUGGCCCGCACUUAUGAGGCCGUCUAUCGGAACUUUGGAAGGAAUUAUUGCUGUAAUGAGUACCGAUGGUUACGGUAACACUGGAAUGAUCACUUCGGAGGGAAAUGAUUACAUGGAUUAUCUGAACAAAGCCAUCAGUAAUAUCCGUUGUUCCAACGAUUUUAAUCGCGUUGCUCGUAAGGUACGAGCAGUAUCCGCGUCAGCUGAUCGAGUUGUCGUGGAAAUGAUGGUGGAGGAGGAGCACGUCAACAGUAAGAAAACUUUACAUGGAGGUCAAACUGCUGCACUCGUGGAUAUGAUAACCGCACGAGCGGUUGGAAUAACUGUACGAGAUAAAGUUAUGGUCUCCGUGGAACUUGCUGUGAGUUAUCUGCUACCGGUGAAACUUGGUGAAACGAUCGAAAUCGAGGCAAAAGUGUUGAAAAUUGGACGGAAUAUUGCAUUCACAGAAGCUGAAUUUCGAAGAAAAAGCGAUAAUCAAAUAGUUGCUAAAGGAAAACAUACCAUUGCUUUUGUUCUCAAACCACCAGCCACAAGUGAUGAUUCGUUCGAGCAGUUUUGA